CAUUCACAAAAUCCCCAAGGCAACCCAUUCCUUUUGUCUGCAACUGAAAACCAAAGCUCGCAGCGGCUGAGAAACGGUAGCGGCGGUGACAGCAACGGCUAGUUCAACGGCGGCAGCGGCAAGUGCAGCGGCGACGGUGACGACGAUCUCCAUUCGCUAAUAGAGAUAGUUGCAGAGCGGUUGAGACGAAUAAAUUAGAGAGAGAAAGAACAUGGAUCCGAAGCUUACUGAGGUGUCUCAGUUGUUUGAGCGAUUCAAGGCUGCUUUUGUUAGGAACGAUCUCGAUACCUGCGCACAUCUCCUCUCUCAGCUCAAGGUCUUGUUGACAGAAUUUAAAAGUCUCCCACCAUUGUUUGAAGAUUCGCCGAAUGCUGUUCAUGAGUUGACAAUAGCAAGAGAUGUAUAUGAACAUGCUGUAGUUCUUAGCGUUAAGACAGAAGACCAAGAUGCUUUUGAGAGGGACUUCUUUCAACUUAAGCCUUACUAUACGGAUACUGGUGGCCGCCUUCCUCCAUCGCCUCAGGAGUACCCAAUCUUGGGCCUUAACCUUCUUAGGCUUCUUGUGCAGAAUAGAAUAGCUGAGUUUCAUACUGAACUAGAAUUGCUUUCACCUGUUGCACUGGAAAAUCCUUGUAUUAAACAUGCUGUGGAAUUGGAACAAUCCUUCAUGGAAGGUGCUUACAACCGUGUAUUGAGUGCCAGACAAACUGUUCCACAUGAGACUUACGUUUAUUUCAUGGAUCUCCUUGCAAAGACGGUCAGAGAUGAAAUAGCUGGUUGUAGCGAGAAGGCGUAUGAUUAUCUAUCAAUUAUUAAUGCCAAGCAAAUGUUGAUGUUCUCAGCUGAUCAUGAGUUGCUUGAAUAUAUCAAAGAGGGAACCUCGGUGAUGCCUAGGCGGGCGCUUUAUCUUGUAGACACCUAGGUGGACGCGCCUAUUCAGGUACAUUCAAAGCAGCGUGGUAGAUCAACACGGUUAUUUAAUAGGGGGAGCAGCAAGAAAGCAUUCGUCAAUUCUAAUUAAACGAUGCCAAUGCCGAGCAUCACCUCGAACUACGAUCAUCAUGCCGUUCAUGCAAUCGAUGCGAUUCACACACCCAUCAUGCUGAUUAAACCAUGCCCCUCCAAUGCCUUGGAUCGCUUAGUCGCCUUGACAAUUAUGUUUAAUAUUCCAACAUCCAAUGCUGAUCCUCAAAUCCUUGGACUUCCUAGAACUCAAUAAUUGAUACUAUUUGCUUAGCAAUUGAAUCCUUUUAUUUUAUUAUUUUUUUCUA